UCAUUCUGAACGGUGGAGAUUUUAAUUGGAGGUCUGCAGAGGGAGAAAUUGGCUUCGACAUCAGCUCUGUUUUUUUGGGUAUAUUUGAUCUUCUUGCUUCUUAUUUGUGAGCUUUGGUGCUUUGAUGUUUUGGCUGGUUAUAUGCACAUUUUUGUGCUUUGUUUGAGACUCUCUUGUACCUCAUUUGAUUAUAGUGGAGCUAUUUCAUUGGUCUGGACGACCCGUGGUUUUUACCUCUCACAUUGAGGGGGUUUUCCACGUUAAAAUCUUGGUGUGUUCUUGUUAUUGCUUUACUUGCUAUAUUUGCUUGUUAUAGUUGCUGCCAUAUUGUGUUGUGAGUGCUUCCAUAUUGUUCUUGUGUUGGACAUUGUUGUCGUUUCCGCUGCUAGGCUCUUUCAUAUAUGAUGCAGCUUCAGCGUGUCUCUUAUUUUAUCAUUUCAAGUUUUCAACUAAAUGACUGAUCAUCUUCCCUGCUAUUUAAUUUCGCAGAUACUUAAAGGUUGUGAAAUCUGUAGCGGAAAAGGAGCCAUCGAAUGCCCUGGAUGUAAGGGGACGGGAAAGAAUAAGAAAAAUGGGAAUAUAUUUGAAAGAUGGAAAUGUUUUGACUGUCAAGGAUUCGGGCUAAAGAGUUGCCCCAGCUGCGGAAAGGGAGGGUUGACGCCGGAACAGAGAGGAGAAAGAUAGAAUUUGUGGCAGUUGCAGUGUAUUUUAUGGAUCCCAUGAUGAAAAAUGCUCUUGCUGUAUUUUGUAGUGGAAUGUAUAUUUUAUUUCCAAAUGCAAUUAAGUAUAAACGAUUGUGAAAUAAGAUUUCAAAACCGU